GAAGCAGCCUUAGCUGAAUCUUUCAACGUUUUUAUUGAUUAUUUGCUGGCUCAAGUCCGUAAAUGUCGGGAUCUGUUCCCGCCAGGAAACCAGCAAGGUCAGCACAAACUGGUUUACCUGCUCAAAUGUCUUGCUUUGAUCCACAAUAUGAAAGUUUUUAAGCAAUGUUGCCCUUUUCGUCACAAUCUUCACGUGGAAAUAACAAACACAAUUAAGAGAGGAACAUUAGAAUGGUUCAAAAACACCGAUGCGUUUACUCUACCACAAGUUCCAACGGAGGAAAAUAUUCUGAUUGGUCUGAAUGAACUGACACAUGCUCUUAAUUCUGAUCUACAGAAAAGUGUUAACUUCUACAAUGGAAUCUUUGAAAGUAACGUCAAAGUCAGUUAUUCAACCGUCGUCUAUAAGCAGUUAGAGAAAUUGUUGGCGGAUCUUGUUGCCAAGAAACUGCACAAGGUUGAAGAAAAUGUAGGUUAUAAAGUACAGGAAACCUGCUGCAAAGCUUCGGCCACCGAUGGAGUUGCUGAGUCUCAAACAGUGGAGUUGGGGACAGCCAUGUUUGAACUCUACUUGAAUCUACAGGAGUUUGUCCGCUUUAGAGAUAACUUACCACCAGAUGAAAGAACGGAACUUGUUAUUUCCAACUAUCAUUUAUGGUUCUCCGAUGUUAUCGAUCAGUGGUUCACUGUGGCUAAGGUGAAAGCCAGACAGAGGAUCAAAAAAGCUUUGGAGUUAGAUAAGAUUAAAAGUGUGGAUAACUUGGUGAAGUACAGUACUUCCGCUGUAGACACUGCUACAUGCUUCGCUCAGAUUAAAGAAUUCUGGUUUCAACUUUCUUGGCCUGACCUUGCUGGCUCGUAUCCUUUCAUAAUUAAAAUCCUGCAGGACAUCUGCAGUGGAGCAGCAUUUUAUGCAAAUUUAUGUCACCAGAACCUCGUGGAUUCUGGAUAUUAUGAUGAUGAAGGCCCUUUCGAUAUUACGGAACAGCUCUGUAUCACCAUCAACAACAUUGAGCACGUGAGAACAGCCAUCCGACCUCUCCUGGAGGAGCUUUGUGUAGAACAAAUUAUUAAAGACGUGUCAGACAGGGAAGGAGAAAAAUCUGCUAGUCAAUGCCGCGAAACUGUGAACAGCCUCAUUCACAAAUCGGAGGAAGAAGUGCUGUCCAAGAUAAUCUCUAUUGCUGACGCUGUAUCUGGAAAGAUGUGCCAGGAUAUCAAAACACACAUUUUCCAUUUAGCAUGGACUCCAGAAAAGAUGGAAGCUGAUGUGGUAAGUGAUUUACCAGCUAUCAUGUGUGUUAACAAUCUGAGUGAAAUGGUAUUGUUGUUAUCGUUUUGUUAUUUAAAGAAAAUUAAUAAAUAUACAUAUUACUUUAAUUCCAUGAAAAUCUUGCAGGAAAAUAUGAACUUUUUUCAACGACUUCUGGAUUCAUUAAAACAUAUAGUGGAUUUUUUCCAUGCGGACAACAUAGGUUUAUCUCUAGAUGCGCUCUAUUGUCCUGCCUAUCAUGACCUUGAGCAGUUCCUAAACCUGCAUAAGACGGAGACAAAUCAGCUCAUACAACAAUAUAUCUGCCAGAGGAUAGAAGAACAGGAGGGUCCCCAGGAGGGAGAGUUCGGCUACCUAACCGUCAAAACCCUUUUCAAUCCUGCUUCUGACAGUCUCUGUGUAGACGUAAUGAAUGCUCGAGAACUACGACCGUUAGACAGUAACGGUUACAGCGAUCCUUUCGUGAUCAUAGAGCUGGUUCCACGACAUCUCUAUCCUGAGUGUCCACCCCAGAAGACCAAAGUCCAAAAGAAAACUUUGUAUCCCUUAUUUGAUGAAAGCUUCGAGUUCACAAUUACAGCAGAUCGUUGUAAACUGGAUGGUGCUGCUCUGUGCUUCACUGUUAUGGAUCACGAUGUUGUCACAAAAAACGACUUCGAGGGCGAAGUGUAUCUUCCCUUACGAAACGUUCCUGGAGUUCGCGACGAACAAGAAAAGGAACCAAAACUUAUGGAGUUGCCCCUGAUCCAACCUAAAGAGAAAAACGAAAUACUGAACGUAUUAGAGGCUCGUACCUGGGACAAAACGGCCCAUGACUUUGUCAAGGAGCAACGGACUAAAUGAUCGUAAUCUGAUGUGAUGGUCUUUGUAAGAGUUGCACUGUUCUGUCAUUGGAUAUCUGUCCACCUACUAUUGUUUUGUGUAAGAGUUGCACUCACUGAUAUCCACCUAUUAUUUUCCUAUUAAGGUUGUAAUCCGGCUGUUUUCACCCGUAUUUAAAUGUGCCUGUUUAUGAAUGAAUAAAUAUACAGUCCACCAUAUAUGAUUUCCACUUAGUACGUAACAGUGUUAUAAAUACGUAAUACCACGAUCUGAGCUGAGAUAACAUUUGGAGUUUUAAAACUAUCAAGUUUGUGAACAAAACAAAUCAGGAAAGUCAAAAAGAGAGAUUUUUUUGUGUUUGAUAUCCUUUUAACUCUUUAAAUAAAUAUCAGUUAGAAGUUUCUUCAAAUUGUUGAAAGUGUCUAAAACAUCAUACAGGGACUAUUAUUGAUUGAAGGGUUAUCAUACAUGCAUAACCGUUAAUGUUAUUCAAUAACUUUGUUUAUGUUCAAUGUUGUGAUAUCAAAAUGUAUUCAGCUUACGCUUUCUAACGCCAAGAAUUCAACAUAUCACCUAAUCUUCUGCGUUGCCACCAGCUCUGUGCAAUGACGUUAUUAAAAGCUAUCAAUAUUUUUGUAUAACUGUUACGCCGUAGUUGCACUCUGUUUGUCAUUGCUAUUUAAACUAGAUCACCUAAUCUCUUUUGUUUUGUUUACCUAAUGUAAUAAAUAUAUUUUCUCAAAGCUGAAUCUAUGAAGAGUUGCAGGUUUUCAAACUCUGAUCAGCUAAUGUCAGAAAUUAAAAAUAAGAUUUAUCAAUUUCUUGAUGCAACUAUAUAUAUAUAUAUUGUUUGUAAUUUCCAAAUUUUGUUAAGUUAUUGUGAUAAAAUACUUUACACGCUUCAACAUUUCGUAUGUAUUUUAAUUAAUUUUCAAACGUGUAUGAGCUACGACAUUUUGGCGAGCUUUAUUAUUAAAAUGUGUGAACUAUUUAUUAUUAUUUUUAUUACACUUUAAUAAGUCCAGAACUUGUCUCCGAAUGUUGUAUUUGAUAAUUAGAAAACACCUAAAUAGAUGACACUAUUAGUUCUUUAUUCUAGAGCACUUCGCGAAAGCCUAAAGAUUUUGUACACUUGGUUCAGUAAAGUGUAUGAGUAGAGUGCGAACAUUUUAUAUGUCAGCAAUUCGUAUGUAAAAGUGGCUAAUUGGAAAGUGUGAUCAUUGUAUACAUGUAUGUAUUGCCUAAACGGACUUGAAAAUAAAUUUAAAAACAUUUAAAUUUA